GCUUCCGUCCUCUGAUUGGCGGAUGUUUUGGGUUUGUUUUUUUCGGGGUACUGGUGGCGCUGCGAAUUGAGGUCGCGUUUUGAACAGACUGCACAUUAUUUUCGUCACGACUGCGGCCGAAACAGAUCUGGGAAUCCGACAGUCGUAUGAAAUUCUUACUCUGGAUGUGUUUCAUGGUUUAUAUAAAACCGCCGAAAUUCUAGUGUGGCUCCUGUUUAGUGUGGGCGUGACCUCCCAUGCGGCAGCUCCAAACCCCAUGCUGGGCUCUAGCUGACGUAUCAGCGUUUCCUUCGGGUUAAAGCAGUUAAACAUCUGUUCGCGAUACAUUAGGCCUGUCGGUAAGAACACAAAUUAUAGGUGAACAUCGGUGUUUGCCAGAUAGUGGUUAAUAGUUGUCUGCAGUGAUUUGUGUGCUUUGUUUCGUGUUGCAUGCGAAACUCUGCUUGUAUAUUUUUCUGUAUUUUUAUUAUAUAUAGUUAAUAUGUAUUGUAAAUAGUCAAUGUUAUCUAUGUUCUGAACAGUGCCUGAUAUGUAGGUCAAAUGCGUUUUUAUUCUAUUUCAAGAUUUAAGCAGCAUCGACAUUGUCGGUUUCUUGUGUUUCAAAGCUGUGCUUCGCCUAACGUGACUUUUCUUGUUUCUAUUUCUGUAAUAUAAAUAAUGACGUAUUAUCUCCUAUUUCAGUUACUUCCGCCCAGAUACAUGGUGAAGUUGUCGAAGGUUAAAACUUUCCAGGCAUACCUGGACUCCUGUGAGCGUAAGUAUAGCUGUGUCCAUUGCCGGGCACACCUGGCCAGCCACGAUGAGCUGCUUUCUAAGUCUUUCCAAGGCAGCCAGGGACGGGCCUACUUAUUCAACUCUGUGGUGAAUGUGGGCUGCGGGCCGGCUGAGGAGCGCCUCCUGCUGACAGGGCUGCACGCGGUGGCGGACAUUUACUGCGAGAGCUGCCACACCACCCUAGGCUGGAAAUACGAACAAGCUUUUGAACUCAGCCAGAAGUACAAGGAGGGGAAGUUCAUCAUCGAGGUGUCGCACAUGAUCAAGGAUAAUGGGUGGGAGUGAGACGGUGCCCCAUCACUCCCAAAGGACUUACAGAUACAGCACAGUGUGUGUAAAUGUGUGUUUUUAAAUGCCCCCCCCCCCCCCGUGUAACUUGGACUGGUAUGUAUGUGUGUAUUAUGUAUUUGUGUUCAAAGAGAAAUUAGACCCUUCAGAUUCUGUGGUUUAGUAGAAUACAUGGUUUAUUGCAGGAUUCUUGAAUUGCAGAUUACAUUAAUAAAUACUCUCUUUGUGUUUCUAAGCUAGUUUGCACAAUAAAUUCUGCAUUUGUAUUUUUUCCCACAGGUUGAAUAAUGUGAAAGCAAGAAUAGUAUGUAGAUGUAGAGGGAGAGCAUGUGAAAUGGCUGGUGUGUCUGUUGAGACUGUAAAUACUUUUGUCAGGUUCAGCUGAUGUGUAUGAAGUACAUUCUGAUGGUGUGACAAGUUUGUGUGCUAUGCGUUUUGGGGGAAAAUGUCUGUAAAUAUGUAUAGAAUCGAAGCAUUGUGUACAGUGUCUCUGUCUCAGAAAUGUCUGACUGUAUAGUGUUAAAAAUAAAUAAGGAAACUGAUCCUGGACAUUAUUGUAAAAUGAUCAUAAUAAAUUAUUUAUAGUACCUGG